UUCAUUAUUUGCAUUAUUUCGUCUCGACGAAAAAAAAAAAAAUUCCAUUUUCACUAUCCGGCCCUUUACAUUGCAAUGACAUAAUUUUAUUUAUACACACGCAGAAAUGUAUGAUCUUAUUUGUGUGAAUAUAUGAAUUUCUACGUACGUAAAGAUAAAUCGGUGAUGGUUAGAGAUGGCAGAGGGGUCGUACGUUAAGCUGACCAAAGAACAGAACUCUUUGCAGAAUAUCACCCCCGGCGAGUUAAAUCAGCCGAUCGAUGUUGCUGAGUUAAAUGCUCCCAAAUGUGAACAAUGUGGACAAACUUUACCACCAACCUACUCACCCCCGGCUGAUGAGGACUGGAUAACAGGGAUAUUCGGAUGUACUGAAGAUCAUGAAAGUUGCAUAACUGGACUGUUUUGCCCUUGUGUGCUAUUCGGGCGCAAUGUGGCAACCUUUAACGAAGACAUAACUCAGCAAAGCGCAUGCAUUGGUCACGCAAUAUGUGUCGAGGGAGGAAUUGCCCUUGCCACAUUGACAGCUGCAUCUCAUGGUAUAGAUCCCGACACAGCCUGCCUUCUUACUGAAGGUUUGUUGUUCGCAUGGUGGGUUUGCGGCAUCUAUACUGGCAUGGGUCGGCAAUUGCUGCAAAGAAAAUAUCAUCUCAAGAAUUCACCUUGCGAUCCAUGCAUGGUGCAUUGUUGCCUCCACUGGUGUGCCAUAUGCCAGGAGCAUAGGGAGAUGAGGCACCAUCUUUCGGAAGCCAUCUCGUCUGAAGCCACUGUCAUAGAUCCUCCGCCAGUCCAACAGAUGAAUGCUGCCAAGCAACACAUGAAUCCCGAGUCUUCUUCUUCUUCGCAUGAGGACGAUCAUAACAAUCUGCAGCUACAGAUUGUUCCCCUCUAAAUUUCUAUUUUGAAAGUUGAAACAUAUGUAACAGCAUAAUCUUUGUAGUUUUACAUCCUAUAGUUUUUUUGGCUAGUUUUUACAUUGCGUCACGCUCCAAUCUGCACAUAGUUAAUCUUGAGAUAACUCAUAGGAUAAUUGAAUUGUUGAAUAAAUUGUUGGUUGUUUGCACUGCACGUCUCCUAUACGUUUACAAAUA